CCCAGCACUAGGACCCAGCAGACACCCUGCUGAGUGAACUUCACAUGCUCUCUCUCUCUCUCUCUCUCUCUCUCUCUCUCUCUCUCUCUCUCUUACUCACUCGCAUUCUGGGAGACCUGCAUAUCCUGACGCUGUGGCUGCUGAAGGCUCUCCUGCUCAGAGACUCUCUGCAGAGAGGAUCGACGCACUCAACUACCUCUUCUCUUCUCCGCUCCUCCUCCUCCUCCUCCUCCUCCCCCUCCCCCCCAUCUCUCCUUCAGGGCUCAGCCCCAGACUGGGAUGGCAGAGAACACACCGGCCACCAGAAAGAGAACCGGACAGCUACCGGAGGAGGCUGAGGAACACAGGGAACCGGACGGAACCAUAGCAGUUCUUUGAGUUUUCAGCUCCCCCUCCUCCUCUUCCUACACCUCCUCGUCUGCCCCAGGAAAAGGACAGGGGAUAUCGUUUUUUUACCCAGAUUGACUUUUCUUCUCACCUACUUGUUAAUUUUUCCUUUUCUUUUUUUCUGGUCUGACUCUUCUGAAGUGCAGCUGAGGUACUGAUAUUCUUUCUUGUCGGUCUGUCUUUACUAUCUUCCCUUUUUAUUCUACUCUGUGGAGGCAAAAACUGUGGCGAGAGUUAUUUAGCCUCAUCACCAACACCACUGGAGGUCUUCACAGGAUCUUACUCUCCCUCCUGGCGAUGAAGAUGAACUGAGAUCUCCCAUCAGGAAAAAGAUGCUGUCGCGUGUUGUCUCUCUGGCUCCGUGCUUUAGAAACUUGACCUUUUUCUUGCUCAGCAGUAGCACUUAAAGCAGAACACAGAACACAGAACAUAGAACACAGGACACCCCUGGGAGAGAGCUGGUGUUGGUUUGUCACGACCGCUGCUACUCGCUACCUCGCUUCCACAGGCCACACACCUGCGCUCCCUCGUUUACACAGUACACACACCCCCACACACACACCUGGAGAUUUGUUUACCUUGGAAUCAUCGUCGCAGGUGUGUGUGCCUGCGCGCACGCGCGCGCGCGCGUGUGUGUGUGUGUGUGUGUGUGUGUGUGUGUGUGUGUGUGUGUGUGUGUGUGUGUGUGUGUGUGUGGCUUUUUUCUUUUUUUCCCUUUUUUCCUUUGCGUCGUACGCUCUUGUGGAAAGUGUUUUGGUGAGAUUAACCCCGCUGGAGUGAACAGCGUUGCCUUGCGGCGUUGGACUGUGGUGUCAGGCGUGGAGUUCACAGCCCUUUUGGAUGUAAAAGUGGUGGUGGUGGUUGCCAGGAAGGGAUCGUCAUGGGGAACGCAGCCGGGGGCAUGGAUCUGCCUCUGGGCAGGGAGGGCAAGGGGACCCCCUCUGGAGGGGGAACGCCGGGGUUGAGCCACAGGCAGACGGCCGGCCCCAAGCUCCCCAUGCCCUCUGAGGAGGAGCUGGAGGAGAGCUUCAAUGCAGUGCUGAACUCUAUGAAUCUACCGCCAGAUAAAGUCAAACUCCUGUGUCAAUAUGACAAUGAGAAGAAGUGGGAACUUGUAUGUGACCAGGAGCGUUUUCAGGUGAAGAACCCCCCCUCGGCGUACCUGCAGAAGUUGAGGGGUUACGUGGAGCAGGGAGUCUCCCGCAAGUUUAAGAGACGUGUCCAGGAAUCUACACAGGUGUUGAGAGAGCUUGAGAUCUCCCUACGGACCAAUCACAUAGGCUGGGCUCAGGAGUUCCUGAAUGAGGAGAAUAAAGGUCUGGAUGUGCUGGUGGACUACUUGUCUUUCGCGCAGUGUGCAGUCACGUUUGACAUGGACAGUCUGGAUAAUGGCGACGCCCUGACAGAGAAAUCUGUGGAGGACCUCACAAAAAGCGCCAGCAACUCCCCUUCCCACAAUGCCUCUCGUGGCCCGCGUGGUAUUCCUGUACGGAAGGCUUUGAGGAACUCACGCAUCGUCAGUCAGAAGGACGACGUCCACCUCUGCAUCAUGUGUCUCAGAGCCAUCAUGAACUAUCAGUCUGGGUUCAACCAGGUGAUGACCCAUCCUCACUGCGUUAAUGAGAUCACACUGAGUCUCAACAACAAGAGUCCAAGGACUAAGGCUCUGGUUCUGGAGCUGCUGGCUGCUGUGUGUUUGGUCAGGGGAGGCCAUGACAUCAUCCUCUCCGCCUUCGACAACUUCAAAGAGGUGUGUGGGGAGAAGAAUCGCUUUGAGAAGCUCAUGGAGUAUUUCAGUCACGAGGAGAGUAACAUUGACUUCAUGGUGGCGUGCAUGCAGUUCAUCAACAUCGUGGUCCACUCGGUGGAGAACAUGAACUUCCGGGUGCAUCUGCAGUACGAGUUCACCCACCUGGGCCUGGAUGGCUAUCUGGAGAGGUUAAAGCUGACAGAGAGUGAGCGUCUGCAGGUUCAGAUCCAGGCGUACCUUGAUAACGUGUUUGAUGUGGGCUCUCUGCUGGAGGACGCCGAGACCAAGAACGCCCUACUGGAGCACCUGGAGGAGGUGCAGGAGCACAACAGACAGCUGAACAGCAGGUUGGAGCAGAGUGAGCAAGAGAAUGAAGAGAAGGUGUGUGAACUGGAGAAACAGCUCAUCCAGACGACAAAAGAAGUGGAGAUACUGAAGGAGAGUCUACGGGAGUCCUGCUCCCAGGUGACAGUGCUGCAGCAGAGAGAAAGAGAGAGAGAGCUGGAAAGAGAGAGAGAGAAAGAGAGAGAGAGAGACCAGGACCGGGAGCGAGACAAGUCUGACAGGGCUCUGGUUGACCUGGAGCAGAAGGUCCAGGGUCUGGUGCAACAGGGUCUGAUCCGCGUCGAGAGAAACGCUUCGGGGACGCUGGACAUACACGUGGUCCCUGUUACAGUGGAGCGGACGGAGUCUACACCUGCGGAAGAGAUAGAGACCCAGCCUCCACCACCCCCUCCCCCUCCGCCUUUACCCCCACCUGCCCCUGCCCCUGCCCCUCCACCACCGCCGCCUCCACCCCCUCCGGGGUCUGGACCCCCACCUCCCCCCCUGCCCGGAGGUCCAAGCUUGAAGACCAGGAAGACUAUUCAGACUAAGUACCGCAUGCCCCUGUUUAACUGGCAGGCUCUAAAGGCAGAGCAGGUGGCUGGGACCAUCUUCACAGAGCUGGAUGAUGAACACGUGCUACUGGAGUUGAACAUGGACUCGUUUGAGGAGCAGUUUAAGACCAAGGCCCAGUCAGCACCAGCGGACCUGGGGACCCUGAAGAUGAGGACAGCCCACCGGGCCCCCAGCAAGGUCACUCUCAUCGAGCCCAACCGGGCCAAGAACCUGGCCAUCACGCUCCGCAAGGGGGGCAUGACCGCAUCCAGCAUCUGCACUGCCAUCGAGACUUAUGACCUGAAGUCUCUGAGUCUGGACUUCCUGGAGCUGCUGGAGCGUUUCGUCCCGUCAGAGUAUGAGCAGAGGCUGAUCGGGAACUACGUGCGCGAGGGGCGCCCCCUGGAGGAGCUGAGCGAGGAGGACCGCUUCAUGGUGCGCUUCGGCCGCAUCCCGCGCCUCACCCACAGGAUCAGCACCCUCACCUUCAUGGGCAACUUCAGCGACAGCGUGCAGAUGCUGCAGCCGCAACUAGAUGCAAUCCUUGCGGCAUCAAUGUCAAUCAAGUCAUCUACCAAACUGAAGAAGAUACUAGAGAUCAUCCUGGCGUUUGGGAACUACAUGAACAGCGGCAAGAGAGGAGCAGCCUAUGGUUUCAGACUGCAGAGCCUCGAUCUGCUCCUGGACACCAAGUCGACGGACCGGAGGCAGACUAUGCUCCACUUCAUCGUCAGCAUCAUCCAGGAGAAAUACCCCCAGCUGCAGGGCUUCUACACCGAACUGCCCUUCAUGGACAAGGCAGCACUAGUGUCUCUGGACAGCAUCCUGCAGGACGUGCGUGCCCUGGAAAGGGGUAUGGAUUUAACCCGGAAGGAGUUUGAAGAACAGGAAGACAACUCCAUGCUGAGAGACUUCCUGUCCAGCAACCAGAAGCUACUGGAGUCUCUGGUGAAGGACAGCAAGACUGCACAGGAGGUGUAUGACUCUGUAGUGGAGUACUUUGGCGAGAACCCCAAGACCACCCCUCCAUCAGUGUUCUUCCCUGUGUUCGCCAGGUUCAUCAAAGCCUACAAGCAAGCAGAGCAGGAGACGGAGCAGAGGAAGAGGCAGAGUGCUGUGAUGGGUGAGGAUGGCAGAAGACCGCUUUCCUCACCCCCAGGCAAAGCUGAUUCUCUCAAGUUACCCAUGAUGCCCAAGCUGCCGCAGAUGGACCUGAUCGCCGAGCUGAAGAAGAAGCAGGUCACGUCGCUGGUGCGGGAGGGCAAGGACGGCGCCAUCGAGGACAUCAUCACAGGCCUGAGGAACCAGCCGUACAUCCGUGCAGAUGGAGGCAGACGCAGCGCUAAAUGGAAACCUGGACAGCAGCUGCAGGUGUCCUCAGACAUCUCUCUGUGAUGCAUGCACUCACACACACACACACUCACACACACACAUUCAUCAUUCACACACACACACACACUAACACAC